AUGCCGAAGCUGUCAUUCUCUCUCAAGCCAUCUGCAUUAUUGCAACUACAUGACGCAUUGGUGUGCCUGAGCAAAUUCAAUGAGAGCGUCUCGAUUGAGGCUGAAUAUGACCUAUUACGCUUGAGUACUCUAAAUACGGCCAAAACGGCAUACGCCUCGUUCGUCCUGGACUCGAGCAAAUUCUUCUUCAAGUAUAGCUUCAGUGCACGCGGGGCCCAGCAGAGUUCUGGCCAGAGAUAUGUGGAUAAGUUUGCGUGUCAGAUGUAUAUUAAGGCUCUACUUUCAGUCUUCAAAGGUCGAGCCGGCGAGUCACGCGACAAGCAGACCGCAGUAGAACGUUGUGACGUUGAGCUACAUGAUUCUCCAGAUGAAGUUGAAUGUAGACUACACAUACAGAUGAUAUGUGGUCAAGGUGUUGUUAAAUCUUAUAAAUUGACCUAUGAGCCUGUUUCCGUGCAACACGCUCUAUUCGAUCAGUCGCGGGUACAGAACCAAUGGGUCAUCCAGGCCAAGAUAUUGAGAGAGAUCAUUGAUCAUUUUAGCCCUACUGCAGAACAACUGGAUAUUUAUCCUGACGCAGGAAAGGCCAUUUUUACUAGCUUCACCAAUAAAAUUAGUGAUGGGAAAGAAAUACUCAAACAACCGGUCCACACAUCCGUUGCUAUUGACAGAAAAGAUUUUGAAGAAUUCACCGUCAGAGAUGGCCUGCAUGUCGCGAUCAAUGUCAAGGACUUCAAAGCAGCAGUUGUUCAUGCAGACACCAUGAAGACGGCGAUCACUGCGCGUUACACUCGUCCCUGUCGGCCUCUGCAACUGGCAUACGUAUCAGAAGAUGGCAUCGACUCAGAGUUUACGCUGAUGACACGCGGAGAGGUCGAUGAGGCCGACAAUGACGAUGAUAAUGCUUCAAGGCCUGUCUCACAGCUUCCUGCCAGACCGGCCGCUAGACGUGUAGCAGUGCCUGAACCGGCUAUCAACCCUUCUGCCGCCGCAGUCUCCACAACUUCAUCAACAGCAAGAAAUACGAUGCCACCGCCAUCCAGUCGACCAGCCAUACCAUUUCGAAAGCCGGAAUUAAUGUCAAGUGCUGCGUCAAGAGCAGCAUUGGCCGAUAUUCAUGAUAGUCUUUUUGUGCCCGCGGAUGACGAUAGACAGUGGGAUGAACAAAUGUAUAAUAAUGAGGUAGAUGACCAGGAUAUUCUGGGCUGGGAUUCGAAUAUUGAACCGGGAGCAUACCAUGAAGGUCGCCCAAAACCGCUAACGGACGAUUAUCCAACGUUCUCGUCUGCUAGAGAACAAACCCGUACCGACGCUGAAACAGCUAUCCCGCCGACGCAGCCAAUGUCGCAGAUACGAAACCUGGGCCUGUUUGACUGA